UUAGAGGAUAUUAAGCAUUUAAACUCCCAAUUCAAACACCACUUCUUCCUCAAAAUGCCCCCACCUACUCAUCACCAACACCACCACCACCACCACGUCCAUCCACCUCUGUCGGACUCCGACGCCGAUUCCGAUCCAGACCAAUCCGGAUCGAAACCGACCACCCGCCAUGCCGACCUCUCCGAUUCAAUUUUCAGAUCCUACUUCGAGUUCACGGGUCGCACAUCCACUACUCCCGCCGACCUCUCCAAGAUCCAAGCUUUCCUCAACUCCUCCUCCUCCGGCGCUCUUUCAUGCCUCAUAUGCCUCGAGCGUAUCAGGCUGUCCGAUCCCACCUGGUCGUGCGACUCCCUUUGCUUCGCCGUCUUCCACCUCUUCUGUAUACAGAGCUGGGCACGCCAAGCCUCCGAUUUGGCUGCCUUACGCGCCUCCACGCGCCUCCCUAUCUCCGCCAAUAAAGCCACCGAGGUCUCCGUAUGGAACUGCCCCAAAUGUAGAGUGGAAUACACCCAGUUUCAAAUCCCCAAGUCUUAUAUGUGUUUCUGUGGGAAAUUGGAAAACCCGCCUAGCGAUGACCCAUGGGUUCUUCCACAUUCUUGUGGCGAGGUCUGUAAUCGGCCAUUGAAGCACGGUUGUGGUCACCAUUGCUUGCUACUGUGCCACCCAGGUCCAUGCCCCUCAUGCCCAAAACUAAUAAAAGCUCAUUGCUUUUGUGGGUCUGUGGAAGAUGUUCGGCGAUGUGGGUUCAAGAGCUUUUCGUGUAACAAUGUCUGUUCGAAAAGAUUGGAUUGUGGGAUUCAUAGAUGCUCGGAAAUCUGCCACGACGGACCGUGCCCGCCAUGUAGAGUUCGGGGCUUGUACCGGUGCCAAUGCGGGAAGGAAGAAGAUGUAAAAGAGUGCUGUGAUAGGCUGAAUUUCAGGUGUGAUAAUCCGUGCGAGAAGAAGCUUGGUUGCGGGAGGCAUGUGUGUGAUAAAGGGUGUCACAGGGGAGACUGUGGUCCAUGCCCGCUUCAGGGGAAGAGGACUUGCCCCUGUGGGAAGAGAGUGUAUGAAGGGAUGGCUUGUGAUAUUGCUGUGCCACUGUGUGGUGCAACUUGUGAUAAAAUGCUCAAUUGUGGCUUCCAUAGGUGCCCCGAGAGGUGCCACCGUGGACCAUGUAUUGAAACUUGCAGAAUAGUUGUCACUAAGUCGUGCAGAUGUGGAAGCUUGAAGAAAGAGGUUCCUUGCUAUCAAGAUUUGUCAUGUGAAAGAAAGUGUCAGAUAUUAAGAGACUGUGGCCGACAUGCUUGUAAGCGCCGCUGCUGCGAUGGGGACUGCCCACCGUGCUCUGAGAUUUGUGGCAGAAAGCUUCGGUGUAAGAACCAUAAAUGCCCUUCUCCAUGUCAUAGAGGUGCUUGUGCUCCUUGCCCGGUAAUGGUGACCAUCUCAUGUGCAUGUGGUGAGACACAUUUUGAGGUUCCUUGUGGUACUGAGGUUGAUCAAAAGCCUCCUAGAUGUCCUAAACCAUGCCCUAUUACCCCUCUGUGCCGGCAUGCAACAAAUUGCAAGGCUAUAAUCUUGCAGCCUCACAAAUGCCAUUAUGGAGCUUGUCCACCAUGUAGGCUAGUUUGUGAAGCAGAUUAUCCAUGUGGCCAUAAAUGCAACUUAAGGUGUCAUGGUCCUAAGCCUCCUCCUAAACCAGAAUUUACAUUGAAACCAAAGAAAAAGAAGUCUGUACAUCAGGCUGAAUGUACUCCUGGUACUCCAUGCCCUCCUUGCCCAGAACUUGUUUGGAGGUCAUGUGUUGGCCAGCAUGUUGGAGCUGAGAGGAUGAUGCUAUGCUCGAACAGAUCACGGUUUUACUGUGAUAACUUGUGUGGAAAUCUCCUUUCUUGUGGCAAUCAUUAUUGUACUAAAACAUGUCAUGCCCUUGAGACUAAGCAUUCAACAUCAUUCCAGGAAGCAGGAGGAGAGCCCUGUGACAAGUGUCAUCUGCCAUGUGAAAAGGAGAGAAUGCCUGUAUGUCCACAUCCAUGCCCCCGUCUAUGUCAUCCUGGAGACUGCCCCCCUUGCAAGGUUCUCGUAAAACGAUCAUGUCAUUGUGGAACAAUGGUCCAUGUUUUUGAGUGCAUAUAUUACAACAGCUUGUCAGGAAAGGAGCAAAUAGCUGUUCGUUCAUGUGGGGGUCCUUGCCAUAGAAAGUUGCCAAACUGUUCACAUCUGUGCCCUGAGACUUGCCAUCCAGGAGAAUGCCCAUCACCUGAGAAAUGCUCCAAAAAGGUUACUGUUCGUUGUAAAUGUCAGACCUUAAAAAAGGAGUGGUUAUGCCAUGAUGUACAAGCAGCCUAUCGAAGUGCUGGUUGUGAUCCCAAAGAAGUAUUAAAAAGUCAAUUCGGACUUGGACUUCUUCCUUGUAAUUCUGAUUGCAAGAGUAAAGUACAGGUUGUUGAUUCAGAAUUGCACUUGCGUAAAUGUAAAGCCGCUGAGGUGAAGGAACCAGAAACUGCGAAGCAUGUACCAAAGCGUAAAAGAAGGAAGGAACGAGUACAAGAAGCCAAACAAAUCUCAACUCUGCAAAAAGUAGCUGCUGCAGUCAAGAAGGUCCUUCUGUUUAUUGCACUUGUGGUGGCGUUGAUUAUAGCAUCAUAUUAUGGUUAUAAAGGUCUGCUGUGGCUCUCUGAUUGGAUGAACGAAGCUGAAGAGGCGAGACAGAGAAGAAGAUAUACGAGAUUCUAAUCCUUAACUUGCAUGUCGUUGGGGAUUUUGUUGAUCUACAUAUUAUUAUUAACAUUUUUUGGUUGGUAAGUUAUAUAUAUAUUUUUGAAGACAUGUUGUGGGUGAAUUGAGCCAAGCCAUGGUUUUGCAAUAGGAUGAUAUUUUACACUCAGCUCUUCCCUGUCAACAGUCUUAGGAUAUACUUUUGUACAUAUCGAGAACUUCCUUGUGUGUUUAUUCCCUUGGAGGCCAGAAAUUUCUCUCAGCAAAUGUAUUUUCUCGUAGUUUUAGUUGCCCAAAGAUACAUAUAUAAACAUGGUCUUUCUGCUGGGGUGUGUAUUUGAUGUUAUAUAAUAAUUCUUGUGGUGGAUAAGAAGAAAAAAAGAAGAAGAAGAAGAUGAAGUACGAUUUUGUCAUGAAAAAUAAAAAUGAAGAGUUUAGAUGUGUGGGACAUCCCUAUAAGAUUAAUCUGGUAUUCUCCAAUGUAGAACUCUUCCUCGAUUUAUAUUAAUUUCAGUAUGAUUUUCUCA